AUGGUGAAAGGUCGUGGGUCGAAAAUCACGUUUCUUAGUAACAAGACGCAAAACAACGUCAUUGAUGUCAUCGGAAAGGAGAUUACCGGUGAGAUAGUAAAGAGAAUCCAUGAGUGCAAAGCUUGGGCUUUGAUAGCUGAUACCACGCCUGACGUUAGCCACCAUGAACAGCUUAGCAUUUGUGUCAGAAUAGUUGAUCGUGUCGGUUACUGUUCUGAGCAUUUGUUGUGUUGCAAAAGAGCACCUGGAGCAACUGCACAACAGCUCUACGACACCAUUGUAGACGCACUAAAGUCUCGAGGUGUUACCUUUGGUAAAAUAGUUGCGCAGACGUAUGAUGGAGCUUCAAAUAUGAGUGGUUGUUAUAACGGGCUGCAAGCAAUCUUUAGAGAUGAAAUCGGUAGUCAUAUAGUAUACACUCAUUGUUAUGCUCACACUCUCAACUUGGUCUUGUCAGAUUCUGCCGGUACCGCCAUUAACGUCAUCACUUUGUUCAGCGAUCUGGAGAAAACGUACACCCUUUUCAGUCAAUCUGAAAAAAUUCACUCGAUGUUUGAAUCUGCUCAGAAAGUUCAGAAGCUCAAAGUCCUUUCGUUGAAGCGUAUCAAUACAGUCCGUUGGAAUUCUCGUGAGUUCAGCCUUAAAGUCUUUCUUUUACGAUACGAUUGCGUUAUGAAAGUUCUUGAAGACGUUGUUGCAGGAACUUCAUUUUCGAGCAAGCAGAGAGCAACUGCCGGGGGACUUUUUGAAUCGUUCGAGAAAAAGCAAAUUAUGGCAACAGCUUAUCUUUUCCGUGAAAUUUUCGUAAUUACGGGCCCUCUAAGUCGAUACUUACAAAGUGUUAAUGUAGAUCUUGGUAAAGCGUUAGCUAUGAUCGACAGCUCUCUUUCUCAACUUCAAAGAUUACGUAGCGAACCAGAAGAGAUAAUUAGAAUUUGUGACAAUGAGUGCGGUCCAGUUGAAUGGAAAGAAACCAGGGUGAGAAGUCGAAGAGUAAUGGAUGGUGAGAUUGCUAGAGAUGAACCAGAGGCGACACCCUUUGCUCACUGGAAACGCGAAACAUUCCAUGUUGCUGUUGACACCGUCAUCAAUUCGAUGAGAAAUCGUUUCGAGAAGAACCGGCCAUUAUUGCAGUCGCUUGCAAUGUUUUCUCCAAGUGGCUUCCCCGAGCUUGUGGAGAACUUCCAAAAUGCCCGCGACUUGGAAGCCAGCAUAACCAGUUUCUGCACGACAUAUCGCAUCGAUCCUUCGCGCUGCGCCGAACAGCUGUUUACCUUUGCACCUUCAUUCUCGAAGUUCAACCGCUCUCUUUUCGUUUUUCCCAAAGAAAGAAAGGAGGAUUUUGACGAAGUCGAUGGCUCUGAUUCUGAAGAAGAAUAUUAUGAUGAGAACGAUCAUGAUGACUCAGAUCAAGAUGAAGAAUCAGACGAAGACACCUCAUACGACACAGCUCGGAAAAAAGAUGUACCAUCUUUUCUUGAGGCCCUGAGAAUCCUGUCGCAUCCCGAUUACCACCUGGUCGAUGCAUAUCCCACACUUUGUAAAGUGUACGCGAUUGCGGUUGCAAUCCCCAUCAGUUCUGCCACUGCUGAGCGCUCAUUCUCAGCACUUAAGCGAGUGAAAACUCGAAUUCGGGCAACCAUGUUGCAAGGACGAUUGGAAGCCUUACUUUUGAUGGCUGUUGAGCGGGGAAUUUUACAUUCUCUGGACAAAGAGCGCAUUAUUGACGUCUUUGCAAAGACGUCAAUGCAACUAUCAAAAGCACUUUUGUAAAUUAACAUUUUUUCUAAUGAAACUUUGUCCUUAUUAAUUCGUAGAACUAUAAAACUAUGUGAACAUUAAUCAAUAAUAUCUCUCGCACACAGUUUCGUUCAGUCGUUUACCAAUUUCCUAUUUGGUGUAUAUCCACAUAUCCAAAAAAACUUAUACCUUUACUUCUCAAUGCAUUUGCAGUUUAUUGAUCUAAAUAUUUUGUCAAAACGCAAGAAAUGGCUUUUCAGGCACUAUUAUUUCCAAAUUUUCCAAGGGCACGCCCCAGACCCCCAUGCGCAUCUCGUGUCUAUGACGCUCGCCAUAUGCAGAUUGCAAGGACGAAAGGGGGCGCCAAAUUCCCAGCUGGCCUCCCCUGGCGAACACGGGCCAGCACGCCACUGUUAACGCGACCUUGCAGUGUGAAAAAUAAGUACGUUAUUUUGAGGCACCUCGGGGAUAUGUGUUUAUUCACCUCGGCGCUGCGCGCCUCGGUGAAUAAAUCACAUAUCCCCUCGUUGCCUCAAAAUAACCUAUACUUAAUCUCACAACUGUCCGCAUUUCUAAAAGCAAGGAUUAAACGCACGAUGCCAUCUUACUAUACUAUACUAUAGCGAUUAACUCGGAAGGCAGCUUGGUUACACUGACACUGUACUUUAUUACCGUAUAUGCACGAGUACAAAUAAAUAUUGCACAAAACUGAAAUAAGAUCCAGUUUUAGUCCAAUUGCCCAGGUACCGGAGGUAAUUUUAGGCCGUGUUUACAUGCGAUUUAAGCACAGAACUUUGCUUUUAACGCGGGCUUGGCUCACCGCUAUAUAAAUAGUAUAAUAUAAUUAUAAAUAUAUUUUGUCACCAACAUGAAAUUCCACACUUAAUUUCGCGAGAAACUUGCACGGUUAUCGCCCUCAGUCUAAAUCGUGUUCACUGCAGAGACGUUAUUAAAUUGAAAUCUGUCGAGAAAAUCUUAUUUGCAGCAAUAUAUUCGCGUGCAUGAACGGAGCAAUAAUACUCAUCCCGCUUAAGGCGGUUUUCCACUAGGCGAAAUUUUUCGACCGAAUCGAAAUUUCUCUUUGUUUCAUGAACUCUCGAGCAGAACAGGGUGGACUUCCGUCUACGCAUGCGCGAGAAACGUAAGCGUGGAGUGCACGUGAGCGCGGGCUAAUCGCGUGACUGAAUUAUAAAAACAAACAUCAAAUUUGCAAAAACUACUCGUGUUAUGAAGUCGUUUUCUUGUUUUUUUAGUGUUUCUACGCUCACAAUUUUAGGCAUUUUCAACUUAGAAGUGUUUGCUUUGGAAUAAGAACGUGAAAGUAGAAAUAAAAACAUUGUUGCAGCAGUCUAAUUUCGCAGUGCAAAUAUACCUGUUUUUAAUAUGUAUAUCCUUUUCGAAGUGAGAUAUACAAGUGCAAAUUGACCUUCUUUAAAUUCGUACUUGCCCUAUUUUUCACUACAUAAAAACUACUUCUAUCCGUGGAGAAACUAUUUGACUCCAAAAAUAAGCUUGAAUUUUUGUGGUGAUAUAGGCUCAUUUCUUUGCAAACAGUGAUUUAGUACUCGGUAGUGUAGUUCUUGUUUAUGAACAAGAGUCCAAAAUGAAUUCAACAUCCGUCAACAAAAAGGAGACGCGCUUAUUACUACUCUGUAGAGGAUAGACAGUUGAUUUAACUCACUAGGAACCCGUUCUACAAUAUAAACUAGAAAUCGGCCAACAAAUUGCCACGAAAUACUACAAUGAAAAUAGGGUCUCUGAACUACCAAUUUCACCGAACGGUCAAGUUUUUCUGCAAAGAUCGCCCCUUUGCCCAAUUUUCCUCGAGUAGAUCAUCGUGUUUUUAAGUCAAGGAUUAUGCAUACUUUAACAUAAAAGAAUAAAAAAAGUGGUGAUAAAGGGUAGAUUUUGAAUAAAAUACGAAUAUCUGUAUACAAGAUCUGAACGCUAUUAUGAAGCACUCAAUACUUUUUCCAACAACAUAUUGCGAUUAAUUUUUUACAAAAUUAAAAAUAUUCACACAUUAAAGAGAUGAAAAUGUAGCUUGCAUUACAAAGAAAUGUUGGCUUACCUAAAUUAUACCUAACACGUCGAUUAAAGUCAAGUAAAGCCCUUCCAAAGACGCGUGUCACAUUAAACUACAGGUCACAUGGCGGUAGAGAACUCGACGAAGUAUUCAGGAUAUUUCAUAGCCAGUUUAAACCCUGCUGUGCACUAUUCCUGUGAAUUAUGAUGCCCAACAGACCGGGUAACAAGAUUUACCACUUUGUUCGGCUGUUCCAAGUACACUUUUAAGAUACAAGGUCCGAUUAUAUCAUGUUCUUCGAAGCAUCUGCUCAAAACAGUCCAACAUAAAUGUCGCCACUCAUCUUCUUCGUAUGAAAAUAUAAGUUUUCCUUUCAAUUGCUUUGCUUUAAAAACAGUCAUUAGGUUGUUGAAGAGUUAGCCUGCAAGUUCCAACGAAAAAACCCUCGAUGCUUUCAAAAGCCAGUGAAUCACAAUGCUGUAAACUUCAACAUCUUUAGAAAUUGUAAGCAAAACAUCGAAAAGCAAAAUUUGCGGGAAAAAGCUCACGAGCCCGCACUAUUUUCAUGCAGCGUCGACGAAAGUCCACCCUGUUCUCGAGCAGAACUAAUUGUGAAAAGACAAAGAGAAAUUUCGUUUCGGUCGAAAAAAUUCCGCCUCGUGGAAUCAGGCCUUUAAGCGAGCCAUGCAGAUCGGUGUAUUGAAGACAUCUAGUACUUCAUGACUCCGGUUUUAUCAGUUUAAAAGCUCAAAAUCUCGCAACUUGCAUUCGUAGUCAUAUUCUUUGUAUUCUUACGCUAUAACUACCAUACUUGGUUCUCAAGAAUGUUUUAACUAUCAGUUAUUUCCAUGGCUAGACGUCUGUUUAGCUAUACGCGCCGGUUGGCGUGACAUCCUAAUUAGGUAUACCUUACUUCACACUUUUAUUUGUAAAUGUAAAACCACUUCGAUUCCAAGCAUGAAACUUUUGUGACAUAGCAAGUAAUAAUCAGGCUUUUAGAUGCUGUAAUUUUUCUUUUAAACUUUUAGGUACCAGGAACGUUUUACACCCAUUAAACUUGGCCAUUUUUUGUAUAUUUUGCGAGGCUUCGAAAAGGGGUCGCUUAAAAAAAUUCAUAAUAAAAUAACAGUUAAAUUUAGGAUCGUAAUAACAGUCAGAUAGCAAACUCUAAUAGUACCUUGAAACAUGUUAGGAAUAUGGAGUUCAUCGGUUUCAUACUUAGCCGUCAGUCGUUUCAUGAAUUUGGUUUAAAUGUCAGCCGUUUCGAGCAUGAAAAUUUAAACUCAUUACCCGCGAAAUCAAGAUUUUGUAAAAAUCUUACGAAAAAAUCACAGCAGCUUUUUAGUAUUUUUUUUCCAUUGUAGGAACACUAAAUGGGUUAAUUUGGUGAAAUAAAAAAAAUUCGAAUUUUUUCAUUUGACUUGAGAUUCUCGGUUUUUACAGGCAGUUGCUCUUAAACGGCGUGAUUUUCCGAAAAUAAUUAAUUUAUUAAUAAUUCAUAUAUUCACAGGCGGCCCAAUCUUACCCUGUGUUAUUAAUUUAUUACGUUAUAUCUUUAUAUAAAUAGUAUAUUGAAAAUCAUUAGAAAAUUCACAGGCGGCCCAAUCUUACCCUGUGUUAUUAAUUUAUUACGUUAUAUCUUUAUAUAAAUAGUAUAUUGAAAAUCAUUAGAAAAUCCUGUGUUAUUAAUUUAUUACGUUAUAUCUUUAUAUAAUAGUAUAAUGAAAAGCACUUACAUGUGUUUCCUGAAAGACUUUAACGACAACCGGCCAAGAUUGGCACUUACAUGUGUUUCCUGAAAGACUUUAACGACAACCGGCCAAGAUUGGCGUUGACAAGAGUUGGGGUUGACAUGAGGAUUAACAGCAAGAAAUAAUACAAGGCUGGUCACUUUGACCGUUAAUUGGACUAAUUGGGACAAACGCUGACAGAAAUCAAUCGAAUAACGCGAACUUCGGCUGUCGCAUCGUCGCCAAAUUACGUUAUAUCGGAAGAGCGAUAAUUUUUACAUAAUAUACUUUUCUUUAACAGAAUUGAACAAUAAUCUUCCUGCAGAAAAUGCCAAUUGAAACUUACAAAUGUCUAAUAUUCCGAGGUUCGUGAUCGAUCUGAAUUCAUGGGCUUCAAAUUCGAAUUACACGCUGCAUUGUCAUUGGUCGGCUUUCAAAACAACAACAGGACAUUUCCGGUAAGAGAGCGAACGUUUGGGGAGUUAGCGAAUAGAUCGGAAGAAUGGCUUGUUGUUGUUUUGAAAGCCGACCAAUGACAAUGCUGCGUGUAAUUCGAAUUUGAAGGCCAUGAAUUCAGAUCGAUCACGAACCUCGGAGUUCUUGCUGUUAAUCCUCAUGUCAACCCCAACUCUUGUCAACGCCAAUCUUGGCCAGUUCUCGUUAAAAUCUUUCAGGAAACACUUGUAAGUGCUUUUCAUUAUACUAUUAUAUAAAGAUAUAACGUAAUAAAUUAAUAACACAGGAUUUUCUAGUAUAUGAUUUUCAAUAUACUAUUUAUAUAAAGAUAUAACGUAAUAAAUUAAUAACACAGGGUAAGAUUGGGCCGCAAAUGGCGCCGUAAACACGAAAAUCUACAAAUGGCGCCGUAAACACGAAAAUACUUUAAAUUCGUGCAUAAAAUUUGAAAUAGGAUCUUGGUAUUAUAACUUUUGUUGUAUAUGCAUGUUGAAACAGAUUGUACCUUACAUAUAUACUACCUUACAUGGCUACUUUUGUUACAUUUAGAAACUUUGCAAGGGAGGUAGUCAUGGAGAAAGAGAAGAUGUAAAUCGUCUGGUAAAAUUUGCAGAAUCUCGUACUAGACAGAUAGCCGCUGCUCAAGAUGUUCAAGAAUUUGGUGCAAAGGAGGGAAGCAAAAAAUCUAUUGAUCCAGAGAAACUCGAAAAAGCAAAAGCAUUGAUGAACGAAGCAAAGGAAAUGGCAAAACAGGAAUCAGAAGAAGCAAAGAAGGCCGUGAACGAGAAACUGUCCGAAAUCACGAAGACACUUCAACUUCCCCCCAGUUGGAAUAAACAAGACAUCGGACAAAAGCCAAAAGAACUUUUCGGACAAUUGGACGCGAUCAUAAAGCAGCUAAACAUUGCUGUCGAAGUAAGUGAAGCCUACAAGAGUGAGCUGGAAGUUGUCAGAAAGGCAAGUGCUGGUCGUGCGCUUUGUGGAAUAUAUCACUCUGAAUACGUGCCUCCCCUAACAGCCGAACUACCAAUCAUAGUAAUGCCCAAUAAAUUGAUCCUAUCCAGUCCAAACAAUUCACAACAGGUGAGAUACGUGAAAUUCUCCAAGAGCCGGGCUGCUGCAAACUACGUUCACACAGUAAAAUCUUCAAGUAGUAAUAUUGGAUUGAGCGUUGGUGGGUUUUAUGAUUUGUUUGUUGGAAAUGUCAGUGGAAGCUAUGCAACCAGAAGCGAUGAAGGUACGGCGAAAAUAUUUAUUUUAUUGAUGCGUACUGAUUUUUGCGAACUUCAUGGAUAAUAAAAUAGCUCUGCGUGAAUCAAGAUUUGUACUUUAGGAACUCUGCGUAAGUACAACGUAUGUAUAUCCACAUUAGAAUCAAGCUUUACUGGUGAGCGAAAGUAUCUUGCUGUAUGCCAGUCCUUAUAAUUAUCGUUUUCGUUUUAGAAGUUGCGCGCGCUGCAUCAAAGUGUUUGACGGGUUUUGAAAGGUUUACAAUUUAACAAGUAUAUCUUCGUUUGUUUCAAUUAUAAAGAGAAAACAACAUCAGAGAAAACGCACACCAGCAGCGCGUCAGUGGUACAGUACAUUUGGAUUGCCACAAAAACGUUCAAGAUCGAACAAGAGCAAUUGAAAUUAAGUGCAAGCGCAAGAAAGAUGGCAAGCACUGUCGUUAAAGAUGGAAGAACCGCCCGUCUCUUCAUGGAACGCUACGGAAGCCACUUUCCAGCAGGUGUCCAUACACUUGGUGGUGUUCUAUUCCGUAUCGUGGAUGCAGAGAGUUCAAGCACAAAAGCGACGAACGUAUUGACGGAGAAAGCAGCGCAACAACUCCAAAGUCAAAUAUCUAUUGGAUUUCUUGGAGGAUUGUUUGGAAUCGGCGCAAGCAUCAGUGCUGAGCACAGUAGCAGCGGCGGCGAAACAGAGGGCCAUGAUAAAGAGACCGACGACGUUUCUUACACCUUCUCCUCCCAAGCAAUGGGUCCUGCAACGACAAACCCGGCUACCUUCGUCAAAUUACUGGCGAAUAACUCAACUUGGGCAUUAAUUGAUCGCGGCUGUCCACAUGCCUACCUGCCAAUCUGGGAGUUAAUACGAAAUCUUGGCGACGACUUUGGAGAAGCAGCACAAAUUCUGGAGAAUACCUGGCGUAAAGACGAGGAAGGAAGAAAUCCGAAAACAAUCAAGGUAAGUUACAUCGCCGUCAUUUGUCAAUAAGCUUGAUUUUAAAAUACUCUGACUUAAACUACAUAGUUGCGGCAACCCCCUCGCCUAUAUUUUGCAAACAUUGAUUUAACAUGAAGUACUAGUAAUUGGCCAACACUGAACGCAGGCUCGCGUCGUGCGUCGCCAUGGCAACAGGAUUAUUUUUAUACUUUUUUAUAUUUUUUCUGUACAAAAUGAGAAAUAUUGAGAUAGGAAGGAAAACAAAACUAAGUAUUUCCCGAAGGAACAGACACUAAGUAUUUUGUUAUAUAACGACGAAUAAAAAAUCAACAACAUUCAUACAACAAUUAUAUUCAACUCUAUAUGUAGUGUAAACGAGUAUAAAAUUAAAAGAAGCUAUUUAAUUUAAAUGGUUUCAACAGCAUAUUCUCUUUCCUGUUAUGCAUAUUUCUUUUCUUUCCUUUCUUUAUUUUAAUACAAACUUGGAAAAUGAGAGUUUAUAAACUAUCGAAUUUGCUGCCAUUUUGUUUAUUUAUGUACGUAUAGCCAUAGGCAGCCAAAACUGCGUGUAAAAUGGACCAAAUGCUUCCAAAUGCCAAUUUAUAUUAAGCACGCCCCAUUCCUCUGUCAUUUGUCGCGCGCCGCAAGCACUCAAUGAAAAGCAUUGUUCAUAUAUAUCAUUAUACCUAUAUAUACAUACUAUAGGUAUAAUGUAUAUAUAGGUAUAAUGUAUAUGAUGUACUUCAUCGAGUUGCUUGCGGCGCGCGACAAUGACAGAGGAAUGGGGUGAGCUUAAUAUAAUUUGACUUUUGGUGCAUUCUACAAGCAGUUGUGGGCUGCCUAUGGUAUAGCCAGUCGGGGCGAUCAACAAUUUUUCAUUUGUUGCCUGACAGGAUAUUUCAUUUGUUGCCCGACAGGAUACAUUUAUCUAAAGCCACGUGAAUACAAACCAGUCAAUCACGUUUGGCGUUCAUCCUAGCUAUAAUUCUGUUAGCAUAUAGUUAAAGUAACCGUUCCCUAAUCAAGACCUCGGGUAAAAUUACAAUACAAUAUACAAUACAAUAUGAUUUAUUAGUUAAUCCCCAUAAGGGCUUUUCAUAACUAACUUACAAAGAAGUGUAGCAAUAUGAUAUUUACAUGCAAUUAUUUAGAAGUUAUGUUAAAAAGAUAGAUUGUCUGUAGCUAAGCUAGAAUUACUGUAUAUUACGAGGACUAUUAAAAAUGAAUUCUGUCUAUUGAUUAACUCUGUUCGUACGGCCUUCUUAAAUCCUCAUAGAGUUGAAAUGUUUCGAGUCGAAAGAUCAAAUGAGUUCCACAGCAGUGCUGCAUGAUUAAACAAGGAUCGCUUAGCUUUAGAUGUUCUACAUCGUAAUAUGUUUAAGUCAUUUGCCUGCCUAGUAAAGUGAUUAUGAACUUGCGAACGGAUUACUAGCAUGGAACUAAGGUAGGCAGGUGCAAGACCAUGAACUAUUUUAUACAUCAUAAUAGCAUUACGGUACAAUAGAGAGUCGUUAACUGACAACCAUCCCAGCUUAUCUAAAGCCGGGGUGAUGUGAUCAUACUUUCUAGUUCCGGUUACGAUUCGUGCUGCAAAGUUCUGUACUUGUUGUAGUUUCUUAACGUUCUUUUGGGUGGUGCUAGACCAAACCGUGGAGCAAUAAUAAAGUUUGCUAAAUACUAGGCAGUUUAUCAUGACCAACAAGGCAUUCUUGUUGAACAAGCGUCGAACUCUGUUGAUUUGAUACAGACUUGAUGUUAGGGUCGACGUCAAUGAAUUGAUAUGAUCGUCAAAUGUCAGAGUGGCAUCUAAAGUGAGACCAAGGUCUUUACAAACUGUGACAGGUGUUAAUAUUUUUCCUAGAAAAGGAAUUCAUAAGUUAAUAAAAUUAGCAGUUGGAAAGGAAUUGAUAAGUUAGUAAAAUUAGCAGUUGGCCAAGUGGUUUACUUGCCUUUCACCUCUCAGGUCGCAGGUUCGAAUCUCAAUGAGGACUUCUCAUUGUGACUCGAUCCCAGUCCUAAUGUGAAAAGAGUAAGUCAACGCUCUGCCGAAAGUCGUGGGUUUUCUCCGGGUACUCCGUGUUUCCUCCCACAGGGAAAGUUGACAGGGUGGGUUAGGCACAUAAGGUCUGAAGGCAGAUCAUUAAUGAGGUAUGGACUAAUAGCGGCUGCUCAAGCGCCAUUUGUAAGCUCAAAGUCUACCUCGGUCUGCUCCACGUCAGUCCGGUUGAUCUAUCUAAUCAUAAUGUAAAACUUCUGCAAUUCAGUGUAUGCUGCCAUGGAAGUUCAAAUAAACUAUCUAAGUCUAUGUUAAUAUCACUUUCAUGACCACAGCUCGGACCAGUAACUACAAUCAGUUUCAAAAGUCUUGGGACAGAUGCCACAAAACCUUUGAAUUUCAACAAACGACAAUCCCCCCCGCCCCCUGUUCAAUGUUGUGUCCCAUUUUUCGUCGGGUUUGAUGUGUUUUGGUUUAAACAACAUUGAUUGGGGUGGGGGGAGGGGGAGGGGAGCGGUAUUGUGUGUAAAAAACUAUAAUGACCCACUUACAAACUAAAACUACAUGUGUCCCAACAACUUCUGAAAGUGAUUGUCUGGGCCCCAUAUGCCAUAACAUCAUUGUACAUUUCAAAAGUACAGGGAAUAGAAUGCUCUGCGAACGAAGUAUUUCAGCUCCAUUUCGUUCACAGAACAUCUAAUGACAUUAUAGAACAAUUAAGUUUCAUUAAAAUUCUCAAAGUUAAUAAUUAACAGAAUAUGAAUAUAAUUUGUUAUGUCAUAUUGCAUUCUUAAUCACAAAGGUUUUAUACGUUGUUUGUUUCUACAAAUUUUGGCAGAGCACUAGUAGGUUAUUUGAGAGGUUAUAGUCCGUCAAUAAAGAUAGGUAUCGCAAUUGUUUUACAAUAGAUAUGUCACACAUACUGUUAAUUUAUAGCAUAGUAUUAUAACAUCCGGUCACUUUCGCAUGCGGGUAAGGGCUGAGUCAACUGCUAAUUCGGGUACUCCGAAGGCAAAGAACGUUUGAUUUUUAUCACCAAUAGUGAAUGUGACAUUUCACAUCUUUCUAGAGCAGAAUUUGCAGAUAUAAUUGUCGACGCAUGGGUACGAAGGAGCACUCAGUGGGUGGGAAUUUCGGAGGCUAAUGGAAAGGGCGGUAUCAUAUAGUAUAUAUAGUCACUUCCACAUGGCUAAAAAAUUGUCCGCAAGAUCAAGUUGGCGAGCUAUCGGAAAGCUCGAGAAGAGUAAGUUCGGCAUUUAAUUGUACUCAGUCAGACAAUCCCAAAAAUUACUAUUCAGCGUAUUGGUACGGCGUGGUAAAGAAUGAUCCGGACUUCGUGAUUUCUCCAGGGCUUAUAGACCUCCCUAAUGCUGACGCGUUAGCAAGUACUAGCGCGCGCGACCCGCCGAAGCGAGAAAGUUGCACAGGCUUCCAAAAAUAUGUAACGAAAGGGACUCGCUGUAUACGGCGUUGUACGCAUUAUACAACACAAAGUUAUUGUUAUACGCUAAUUAUGCUAAUACGCGUUUCCGGUCCAGACGAAUGCAAUGAAACUAACAUCGGUUGUCACUUCGAUUGUCACUAUAGAAAUAUGAAAUAAUGGGCAACUAGGCAGCUUUUAAAUCAGAACAAGGCUAAGAAUAAUUUGUUGAGAAUGUCUAACAAUGUAUUUGCUAUUAAUGAAAGGGUUUGAAAUUGAUUAAGCCAAGUUUUGGAUCGAUUGACACUUUUCUACAUAAAUAAAUCUGAUAUAUCAUAGUGAUAUUUCUAGAGUUGAGUGUCAAUCGAUACAUUUUAUACAAUUUAUACACUUUGUGAUUAAGUAGAACCCGUAAUAUAUAAAUACGCGCUACCUAAACACUUUUGCUUGGUACUUAAUAUUCUGAAAAUUAUUAUCCCGCGACAAUUGAAAGUUAUAUCAAUGAAAAUGCUAUGUGUUUCAAAGUGACAACCGAGUGACAAUCGAGCACGUGUUCAAACCGUUUUAUAUUACAUACAUAUUUUCAUGUCAAAUAUGCACAAUCUUUAAGUGGUUUUCAAUAACUUACCCUUGCAUUUUAUUUAGCAAUAACCUAGGUCGAUAAUUAACCAGAUAGAUGUGUUUUAUCCCUUGCAUAUAGAGCAGGUUUAAUCUCUCAGCAUACGUCCCUCCCCACAUAUCACAUCUGUUUAUAAGCUCAUUUAUAAUAUACUGUUCAGUCUGUUGGAUUAUGUUACAUUUCAAAUGUAUUGACCACAACAAGCACAGUAUAAAAGCAUUAUAUAUGCCAGUGCAAUUCAGUAAAUAUGUUAUACUAAAUGCUAUACGAUUUUUGCAAAACCGAUAUUCUAAAACACUCGGUAAUUCGAAGAGGUUAAAUAUGCUUUUCAGUUGCCUUUCAGACAAUCAGUUUCAAAAGUCUUGGGACAGGUGCCACAAAACCUUUGAAUUUCAACAAACGACAAUCCCCCCGCCCCCUGUUCAAUGUUGUGUCCCAUUUCUCGUCGGGUUUGAUGUGUUUUGGUUUAAACAACAUUGAUUGGGGUGGGGGGAAGGGGAGGGGAGCGGUAUUGUGUGUAAAAAACUAUAAUGACCCACUUACAAACUAAAACUACAUGUUUCCCAACAACUUCUGAAAGUGAUUGUAGCUAUGAUCCACCAAGUGCGCUGACGCAGUAAGGAUGUUCAUGAAAAAAUUUAAAACCGGAAUUUCCAUAGAUAUCUUAUAUACACUAAAUGGCGCAUCUAAUUAUUCUGCAAUUCAAAAAUUCAACCGUGAUUGCAGGCUCAGGGUAUUCCCAUGAAAUUGGAAGAUUGGUAUGUUUUCUAUUUCUUAAACAGGAAACUUAAACAUUAAGUUAAACUUAUUCCAAAUACAUUUUUAAACUAAUCAAAUGAUGAAAGUUAUCGUUUUUUAAGCAUUUAUUAGCGAUUUGGAAACACUAACAUGGCCGCCACCUAUUCAAAUGGGGGUAACCGCUGGAAUAUUCUUGGCUUCAAUUUUACUAAAGCAGAUGCCGGCGCUAUCUAGUGUAUACAGCUAUUUCAGUUAAGGUUGCAUGUCCACGGGCAAAUCGGAAAACGGGAAAAGUCGAGUACGAGCGUGAAAUGGUGCAGGGAAUCGCCAACAAAUUAAUGAAUUUUCAAAGCGAUUCCCAGCAGCCUUUCGCGCUCGUAUUCGACUUUUCCGCUUUGCUCGUGGACAACCUUAAUUGAAACAGCUGUAUAAGAUAUCUAUGGGAAAGUUAUAUAAAAAUUAUUAUAUAAUAUUUAUUAUGCUCUCUUAUUUUUUCUGUUUUGAUAAAGGACAUAACGAAAAUUCUUUUCGAUAUCAGAACAGCGCCAAAGAUAGAAAAGGUGUACAGUGAUAGCGGUACUGGAGGAGCAAAAGGAAUAAGUGUUUUUCAGGCCACUCUGGACGAAAUUCCUGAAGGCUACUAUUUUAUUGGCCAGGUUGCAGUUGGACAAACCGAGUCGGUAGAUGUACCCCUAUCCUCCGUAAUUCUGGUAAAGCCUUUGGAUCUCGACUUCAUAAGGCAGCCAGAAUGUUGCCAAUUGAAAUGGAAUGAUAUGGGUUCUGGAGGAAAGAUGGCUGGUUCGUUUUGGAGAGUCAUUGCCCCGAAGGGCUACGUGGCCUUGGGGGAUAUUGUUGUUAGCAACUACUCAGAACCGCCCACUGCAUUAACCACCAAAUACGCCUGCAUUAGAGAAGAUUUGCUGGUUCCAGGCGUUUUGAAAUCCCAAAACCUAUGGGAUGAUCAUAAAACAGGCGCAAGAAUGAAUGGAUCAGUUUGGCAAGUUUAUGGUCCUGGUCUUGCCGGAUUGUUUAAAGUUGAGAGUGGCUGCGAGAGACCAGAUAUACCAGUCUUUGUGCUACCUGUCAAGCUUGUUUGCGAAUAGUGAGACUUAUGGCAUUCAUUUUGAACUGACAAUGACAAUUUUCUGUUCAAAUUGAACCUACAUAUGUUAUAACGUAACGACAUAUUGCUACAAUACUUUUAUUGGAAAUCACCAAAUAUAAUCUUUUUUCUCAUUGCUUACAUUAUAGAAUUACCGCAUAAAAUGACGGCAAAGAUUGCCCGGGGAAGAACUGCUCCAAUUAGUUCGAUUAUAUAUUGUCGUGAUUAAUAAUUAGUAACGAAUUACUUUAGUAACGAGAAUUUACAACACUGAUUGUAUGUACUGAAUUUUGUUGAACGUUAUUAUAGAAAGUGGCCAGAUAACACAAUUUGGAAAAAGUACUUCGUAAAUACCAAAACCAUACGUAC